GUCAUGGGAGAUGGUAACUAAAUGGAAAAAGGAAAGAUAUAAUAGAAUGGUUUUAGGUAUAAUUACUAGUGUGAAAGGGGGUAGGCUGUACAGGAAGGAGAAACAGGGGACACCCACUUCCAACCGAAGGCAUUAUUAGCCUGGCAACAACUACAAACAAAUUUUAGGAGUUUUUUUUUUAAAUAGAGAAAAUUGAACAUGAAAUCUGAUUAAAGGGGGGAGGUUUCUUUGUGGGGUGUCUUCAGAGCCCACCACUGGCUUCAAUCAUCACAGCCAUAAAAAAAUAUAAAGGGAAAAAAAAGAGAAAAGAAAAAAAGAAGAGGGGAGCCUGCUGCUUUGUUGUGUUGUUCAUUUUGUUUGAAUUCCUAGAUCCAAUGAGAAUAAGGGAAAAUAAAUCCAUUGAGAGAAGCCUUGAAAUGAAACCCCAUUUAUAGUUCGAAGAGGGUUCCAGGUUUUUUUGUUGGUUGGGUCUCUUAUCUGCUCAGAGGCCUCUGCUGAAGUAGAAAAGGAAGAGGAAAAAGAAAGAAGGAAAACAAUGGCAACGAGGGGAAGCAGAUCAGAGAAGGUGAAGAGGAUAUUUCAGCAAUUCGAUGGCAACUGUGAUGGGGGUCUCAAUAGAGAUGAAAUGGCGGAUUUGGUGGUGGCAGUGAACCCUAGGGUUAAGUUCAGCGAUGCCCAAAUCAGUGCGAUUCUGGAUGAGGUUUUCCGUACAUACGGUGAGUUCAUCGACGGCGAGAAGGGGCUCACCUACGACGGCUUAUUGAGGACUUACGAUGACGGGGCUGGGGACGUCGACCGCGAUUUCGACGCGCUUGGGCUGGAGCUGAAUUCGGAUGACAACAAGGGGAAGUCGGCGGCAUCUUCGUCGUCGAUUGCGGACGAGAGGGUGUUGGAGCCGCACAAGAAGCAGAGGACGGCAGCGUGGGCGGCGUCGCCGAACCACGGCAUUGUGUUCGACGAGACGUGGAAAGUGGUGGACGAUUUGGAGAUAUUGAUCAAGAGGUUGAAGGCAAAGCAGGUGAAGGAUGGGAAAAUGAAAGGUGAUAAUUUUGAUGCAUAUUCAGAUCCGGGAUGGUCGAGAGAGUUGGGACCGUCCGCAGAGAUGUCAGAGAAAAGGGUGGUUUGGGAAGAGUCUGGGCAUGAUUAUGCUCUGUUUGUGAAGGAAUUGGGGGUUUUGAGGACUAAGGCUGAUGGGGCAAGGUCAAGAGAGGAAGCAUUUGAUGGGCAUAUGGCAAUAGGAAGGGUUUUGUAUGAGCAUCAGUUGUUUAAGGAAGCAUUGGUGAGUUUUAAGAGGGCUUGUGAGUUGCAACCUGUAGAUGUAAGGUCACAUUUUAGAGCUGGGAAUUGUUUGUAUGUUCUUGGGAGACAUGGGGAGGCAAAGGAGGAGUUCACAUUGGCGCUUGAGGCUGCUGAGAAUGGGGGGAAUCAGUCGGCUUAUUUGCUUCCGCAGAUUCAUGUGAAUCUCGGGAUUGCGCUUGAAGGUGAAGGGAUGGUUAUGAGUGCUUGUGAGCAUUAUAGAGAAGCUGCAAUUCUUUGUCCAACUCAUUUUAGGGCUUUGAAACUCUUGGGUAGUGCUCUGUUUGGUGUAGGUGAAUAUAGGGCAGCGGUUAAGGCAUUAGAAGAGGCUAUUUUUAUGAAAGCAGAUUAUGCAGAUGCGCAUUGUGACUUGGCUUCAGCUUUGCAUGCUAUGGGUGAGGGUGAGAAGGCAAUUCCAGUGUUUCAAAAGGCUAUUGAUUUGAAACCUGGUCAUGUGGAUGCUUUGUACAAUUUGGGCGGGCUUUAUAUGGACAUGGGUAGGUUUCAGAGAGCUUCAGAGAUGUAUACCAGGGUUUUAGCUGUUUGUCCAAACCAUUGGAGGGCCCAGCUAAACAAGGCUGUUUCCCUGUUGGGGGCCGGUGAAGCAGAGGAAGCCAAGAAAGCUUUGAAAGAAGCAUUAAAAAUGACAAACAGGGUAGAAUUGCAUGAUGCGAUAUCUCACUUGAAGCAGCUGCAGAAGAAGAAGGUGAAGCCUAAUGGGAGUGCCAAUGGGGAGGGGGCUUUUUCUAUUGUGGAACCCUCAAAAUUUAAGAUAGUGGGUGAGAAGACUGCGUUGAGGCCAGAAUUGGCCAAUACUCUUGAAAUUAGGGCUUUUCAAAGGAUCACCAGGUUGAGAGGUUGUGAUGUGGAUCUUCUGAAGAAGGAAAUGACUGAAAAUGAUGUGCCAGUGUCCUAUUCUGGUGGUGGUGUACCUGAGAAAUCCAUACGCAAGCCCAAUUUGGAGGUGAUUCUCCGCAGGUUACUCCAGUUUUUGAAGCCUGAAACAUUUCAAGGAGCUGUUAAAGCUAUAAACGAGAGGAUCCUUUCUGUUUUGGAUGAAACUGGCUCUGGGAGGGUGGAUUUGGGCAUGUUUUUUUCUGUUCUUGCACCCAUUUGUGGUGGUUCACCAGACAAGCGAAAACGGGUGGCCUAUGAUGCACUUUUGUGGCGACCUGUGAAUGAAGGUAGUGCUCAAAUAAGAAAGGCUGAUGCUCUUAAAUAUAUCAAACUGUUGAGGGCCAUAUACAUUCCUUCUCAUGGGGUUAGUGAAAUGCUAGAAGUACAUGGAGAAGCAGAUGUUUCAAUGGUGUCCUUGUCCGAGUUUCUUUUGAUGUUUGAUGAUCCUGAUUGGGGUUUCGGUAUCAUGUCCAGUCUGGUGAAGCUUGAAACUGGGGAUAGGACUCGCCAUGGUCGCUAUGCUUGCUCAGUUUGCCGCUACCCCAUUAUCGGGUCCCGCUUCAAGGAGAUGAAAUCACAUUUUAGUCUGUGCAAUCAAUGCUACAGUGAAGGAAAGGUGCCUUCUACUUUCAAGCAAGAAGAGUAUAGAUUCAAAGAGUAUGGUAGCGAGUCUGAAGCUAUGAAAGAUAAGUGCCUGUGCUUUAAUUUGCAAUCUAAGAGCUCCUCUUAUAAUGAUCCAUAGCUAGUCAGACUUUUUGUUUUUGAUGAUCCUGUAAUAUCCCAUCAUGUUAUUCUAGUUGUUCAGUGUGAAAUAUAUAGCUCAGGGAUGUGUUUGUUGGGCAUCUUAAGCCCUUGUAUAAUAAAUCCUUUCUACUGGUGUUUCUGCAUUCUUUGUUUUGUAGCAGCUUUUUGUAGAGAUUCAUUCCUUUAUCUUAAAACACUUGAAGUGGUGUAUACUACCUUUUCUACACAGAGAUCCUUUAUGUAGAGCUCAUUUUGAAUCA